AUUAAUUUAGCGUAAUGGCGCUGCUUAAAUUCGGCUAAUGCCCCAAAGAGCUCCGGUUCUUGGGCGCUCGAGAGGAAGAGUUUGGGAGUUUUUCCUGAUCGUCAAUCCAAUCCCAAUUCUUUUCUGUGAGUGCUAGUGAUCGAUCGCCAUGGAGAGGAGCCGGCAGCAAUCCAUCCAGUUGGAAUUGGUAGGGAAGAUGGUUUCCAAGGAGCUGUCGCUCAAGUACUCGGAUCUCGCCGCCGCUCCAAGCGACGAUCUCGCCCUCCACGCGCCAUUCUGCUUCCACUUCGCCGCCUUCCAGUGCUACAGCCCCCAGACCGCGCUGUGGCUGCGGGACUUCGAUCGCCGCAAGAGUGUGGACGCCGCCCCAAAGAGCAGUCCCUCCUCCUCCAGCAAGAGCUACAUUUACUACUCCAGCAGCGGCGAUUUCUCCUCUCCCUCAUCCGCCCCUCCCUCCUCGUCUCCAUCCUCCAGGCUCGCGAGGCUCAUCUCCAAGAAGAAGAAAGCGCGCGGCGGCAAGACGAAGAAGACGAAGUGGCCAUGGCGCCUGUACGACAGUACGGCAAUCUCCUUCAAGGGCAAGGUAUCUUGCAGGGCGUUUAGUUGCAUGUCGCAAGAAUUUCCAGUGCCGCCAAUCCAUUUGCCCAGGCAUAUCCCAGAGAUGCUCUAAGUGAACAAAUUGCAAAGGCAAAAUAAUUCUAUGUUUUAAGAUUUAUAAUGCAUUUUAGCAACACUUCAACAAAUUUCUCAUA